CCAUGUUCCACGGAAACUCCAUUAGACUCCUGGCCGGUAGCAGCCACCCCGCCCUCGCACAGGCGGUGGCCGAGCGGCUCGGCGCCCCUCUCACCUCAUGCGUCCCCGAGCGCUUCUCCAACGGCGAGAUCAACGUCAAGAUCCAGGAGUCCGUCCGCGAAGAAGACGUCUUCAUCCUCCAGUCGGGCUGCCGCGACGUCAACGACAACCUCAUGGAGCUGCUCAUCCUCGUCUCCGCGUGCAAGACCGCCUCCGCGCGGCGCAUCACCGCCGUCAUCCCGUGCUUCCCGUACGCGCGCAUGGACAAGAAGGACAAGAGCCGCGCGCCGAUCACCGCCAAGCUCGUCGCGAACAUGCUCGUCAGCGCGGGGUGCGACCACGUUAUCACGGUCGACUUGCACGCGAGCCAGAUCCAGGGGUUCUUCGAUAUUCCGGUGGACAACUUGUUCUCGGAGCCGCUGAUGAUCACGUACAUCAAGAGGCAUAUUGAGGAGUGGAGCAACAGCAUCAUCGUCAGUCCCGAUGCCGGCGGUGCGAAGAGGGUGACGGCGAUCGCGGACAAGCUCGGUGUCGAGUUCGCGCUCAUCCAUCGGAAACGUGAUGGAAAGUCGGAGAACGCGCCCGAGCGCAUGGAGCUCCUCGUUGGCGACGUCCAUGACAAGGUCGCGAUCCUGGUGGACGACAUGGUUGACACCGGCCACACUCUUUCUCUUGCUGCACGCACGUUGCACGACAAGGGUGCUCGCAAGAUUUACGUCGUCAUCUCGCAUGGUUUGUUCGCGGAAGCAGACAUGAAAGCGCUCGAGGCGCUUCCUGUGGAGCAGAUAGUGGUGACAAACUCGAUCCCGCAAAAAGAGCACAUGGCCCAGUGCUCGAAGCUCGUCACGAUGGACAUCAGCCCGACGAUCGCGGAGUCCAUCCGGCGGACGCACAACGGCGAGAGCAUCAGCCUGCUCUUUGGCGAGUGGGCCGAUGGGCGCGGUGUCGAGACGAUACAGUAGUUCUCAGAGCCAGCUAAUUCGGAGAGCGACUACUUAGCCUCGUUCGCUUUCUCCCGCACCCACUGGUCCAUCGCCCGCUGGCGCCUUGCUAAUCCGAUCCUUGGACGCCGUCUUGAUUAUUAUUGGUGCUGCUUGUGUAGUAGCUAGUCAAAACAGCUCCGGAUGUGUAGAGCUUUGCCACAGAAAUAGAAGAACGGCGUUGUAAUAUCUUUGGAUCGUUUCUUGUUUUGUUCCCGAUCUU